AUGCCGAUCGAGCCGCCGAGCGCCCGGUGGAUGCAGUUCCGGGAUGCGCAGCGGAGGCUCACAGGCCCGCAGGCUCACGGGAGCCACGCUCUCGGGCGCCAGGCCCUGCCAGCGCAGAAGAGUGCAAACUCCACAGCUGGGUUCGUCGAGCUGAGCCCUUCGCACGUCAUGACGCCAGAUAGUCUGCACAUCGCCCUCGCUGCUGAUCGCGCGGUCCGUCGUGCCGUGCGCAACAGCACCAAGACGUCGCAGGGCAACGUCGGCAGCCACUACAUGGAGCAGAACCUUCUCGUCUACGUGGCUGGGUUCGAAAGGCCGGUGGAGUUCGAACUGACGCGCCAUCUGCACAUGAAGCCGGCGCCCGGCCGAUCGUAUACUGUCACUGCGCGCUUCAAACAACCGCCCAUUGGCAUGGAGGCCGUGGCGUGGCAGGUCUUGCUGCGCAUCACCAAAGGCAAGGAGCUCCUGCCGCAGUGGGUGCAGCAGUACGCGAGGCGCUCGCUAGCCCGGAUCGGCCACGAGCUCGCAGGAGAUGCGACGGCGCCAGCGGCGACGGCCGACGGGCCGGCACCAGCCCCGCAGGCCCCCCCGCAAGACGAGCGCGAGAAAGAUCACCCGCUGGGUGGGCACGAGAGCACGUUCGGGCCGGGCACCGUGGCGGGGGAGGAGGCGGAGAAGGAGCCAGGCUCUGCCAGCUCGCCUACCGCCGUGACAGUGGAGGACGCGGGCGAGGAAGAUCAUCCACUGGAUGGGCACGAGAACACGUUCGAGCCGGACUGGGACGCGCCAGCCGAAGACACAGGAGCGGAACUAGCCGACGACGCCAAGGCAGAGCUCCAAGAGGCGGCGGACGUGGACGAAGCGACGUUGCGCCAGCGGAGGAUCGAUCGGGCGAACACGUUUCUCGAGUUCAGCUCUGUCGAUGGUCCUCUUCCUCGGUUCGUGGAGGUCGUGUGGCAACAGGGCAUGUCCGAGAGCCCCGACACCGAGCUAGCGCGGGCGACGCAGGCGAACGUGGUGGAGCACGCGCGCUGGCGGGCCACGGACAAUUUCCCUGUGGACGCCGCGUCUGUCGGUCAUAUUCAGCACAUGCGGGCCGUGCUCCACGCUGCCAACGUCGUCUCAGCGCAGGCCAGAACGCAUGUGCCGGACUUGCGGGACAUCGUCAACGAUCGAGUCCCUGCGCCGGGCUCUGCCAGCGCGACUCAGGCCUCCCAGUCGCUGGGCGAUUUCCUGCACGCCGCCUCCAGAAGGUCUCUACAGGUCACAGCUUUCCACUCGAAGCCCAAACCUGGCGAGCCAGACCGGCGCCCCGCACUGCGGAAACUCUCCCGGCAGCAGCUCGAGACUGCUGACGGUUGCGCUCGAGCGGUCGUGCAGCUGGCAACGGGCUUGCACAAGGGGGAGGUGGUGGAGUUGGAUCCGGAGCAGACAAGAUGGGUUCUUGUGGAGAAAGCGCCAGGCUCUGCCAGUGCCUCCACCGGGUUCAGCGCACAGUGGUUCUGCGUCGCUGGUGGGCAACCUGCGGGGGUUAACUUGUUCCCCCAUCAGUGGCCAGAGUUCGGCCAACCUCGUGGGCAGAUAGCCCUCGCAGACAUCAGGGACCAGAUCGCUGGGCUGCAGGGGCGUCUCGGCAACGCCGACACGGUUGACUGGCGGACGUACUGCCCGGACUGGGUGGCGCAGCGCUACCGUUGCGUCGUGCCGUGCGCCAGCACGACCGACUACGAGUGGGUUCGCUUGGGCCCCGUCGUCACUCUCGGGGAGCUUUUCGUGCAGCUCGGCAAGUUCUUCACAGCCAAGCGCAUGUGCGCCUUCUUCCGGACGCUCCGGAUAGUGGCGCUCAAGAGGGACAAGCUGUCAACGAACGAAGCGCCAGGCUCUGCCAGCGCAGUUCCUGGGCCCACCACCGGCGGAGUCGCAGGGGGCCCCUUGCAAGCACACAGGAUCAUGACCCAAUUUCGCAAAGAAGGUGCGCUCGUCGCGGAGUACAUCGACCUCAGAGGUUUGACCACGCAGCGCGUUGAAGAGAGGGGGCCAAAGCGCAUGAUGAAAGAGGCCAUCAACUUCAUGCGCCCUCUUCUGCUCAGGGACCUGACCCCGCCGUGGAUCACGGAACAGUUCCCCCAGGCGCUGCCAGGGGAUGGUCUGUUGAGCAAGUUCACGAGGCCUUCGUUUCUGUGCUGGCCUGGUGCCGACGCUGAUGUGCCUUUCGGCGCGGCCGUGUCCGGUGUGCCCAGGGGGCGCGCAGGCAUGGUGCAGAAGGAGCUCGCCGGUGUCAUCGCACGUCCUCUCUACCAGUGCACCGCGCUGGUCGACGGGCACAUGUGCUCCAACGUGGCCUCCAUGUCGCGGUUCAUGCAGAACCCAGAGGGGCGCCCGCCGUGCCGUUGCCACGACUGCGCCGGCAGGCUGCAGGGCGCGGGCGAUGCGCCAGGCUCUGCCAGCGCCGCGCUCCGUGCCUUGUGGGCUUACCCCAUGGUCAGGGACCCGGAGGGCCAGCCCACGCCGGUUCGAGUCUCGGCUCCACUCCGGCUUCUGGUGCACGCUCCGCCUGUUGGGUGGGGCUGGCGCGCGACGCCGACGGAGCCACCACCUCGCGCUGGUGUUGUGCCAGUUCCGACCGUAGGGGAGGUCAAAGAGAGCGGCCGCUCUGAGCGGCUGUACAUCUACAACGAGGCAGACAGUGCCGCCAUUUGGUUCGGCUCUCAGUCGUUCAAGGCCAUGGGCCAGUAG